GGUAGUCCGCCGGGGUGGAGUCAGCCUCAGCCGCAGCAGAAGCUCCAGCCUCCUCCUUAGCUCAUUUUGAUUUCUGUAGCCUCCAGCACUGCUUGGCUGUCGAAGAGGCCUUGAUCCAAAAAGAACGAAUGAAAACAGACACCAUUUAGGACUAUUUUACACCUAUUUUAAAGCUUUUAAACCACCAGAAAAUCAAAGAAAAGGCAGGUAAGUGCAUGUAGGAAGUGGUUUCUCUGACUCAACUGUGUUAGCUCACACUGCGGAUUCUCGUUACCCACCAGACAAGGUAGCAUUAUGGUCUUUUUCAAUACAACCGAACACUUCAUGGCUCUCCGUUUGAACAAAGGCUACUUAAAGGUUAUUGUUGUCUUGAAAAGAAAAGAGACUUUGUGUUAUCUAGAUGUUUCUACCGCGUUGUUUCGGCUGAGGCACGCACAGGAUGGUCACAAAUGGUACAACUUCACAAUACGACCAGUUCGCCUGGACUCGUGUCCGUCCAGGUUUAACUUGUUGCCUUGUACAACGAGUCUCCGGAUCAAACACCUCACCACAGAAGAGUUUUACCUACUAGUAGUGUAUCUAUGUUUUCUUGUAUUGGGGCGAUGACUUAAGGAGGUAGAAAACUGAGUUUUAAAAAGUGCCCCCCCCGGUAGAGUUCGCGUUGCUAGGUGUCCCAGUACGCAUCGAGCGGCGAAUCGGCCGCUUGUAAUACAUAAUCAGUUAGGGCGAACUUUUUACCGCGUCAGUUCGCCUGGGUACUCACCGUUAGCUUAUACCAGCGGCAGCGACGUUUGUUGAAAAACAUCAAGUAAAUACACCAAAUUAUCCGUUAGGCUACUCUACUACAAGUUAACUGUUUGGUCAAUCAUUAUUAUAAGUUCAGCUCUUCAAAAAGCAGAAGUAGACGUCACCUUUGAGUGGUUUUUAGUCAUAUCUGAUAGAAUUGGGGAAGCUGCUUCAAUACCUUGAUGGUGAAGUUUCAGUCUUAACCAAACAGCAUUCUUACCUUGAGUAGUAUCUUAGUUUUAGCUUUAUAACCAGUCGAAUAAAAAUGGUGUUUCAUUACCAUUGCUGUUUUUUCCUGUCAUGUAGGUGAGGUCUCAGUCAACAUUACUCUUAAGUGACUCACCUGAAUUUAGAAGUUUAUAUGUAACCACCUUAGAUGGCAUCCUCGCCUCUUAGUUAUACUAACUUUUUGUUAGUAAAUGUUUACAAAUGUGUUCAAAGCAGUUCUGAAAAGCAGAGAUGGGCUAGCAUAACAUGAAGAAAAAAGUUUCUACCAAGUUUGAACAUCAGAAAAACCAAAAUAUUGUCACACAAAGAGGGAGAAACCUAAAGUUGCUUAAAGUACAGUUGAUAAAAGUUAGGGAACAGUGCAAAUGGGGUUAAAGUAGCUGAGGUAGUGUAAAAAUAGUUUAGCUUUGGUUAACUACAGGACUGAUAAACACAGCUAGCAUAUACAGUAUACAUAGUGCAGGAUGUUUAGUGCAGUGAAUAGAUGUUUUCACUAGGUUCAUAUGCACCAGCCAACUUAUUCGGGGGAAGAUGGAUCAAGAUGUGGGUUAUCAAAACUAUUCUCUUGAGAUAAAUGAACAGAAAACAUUAAAUCUGACAUUUUGUUCAAGUAUUUUGUUCUGUCAUGUUGCUCAGGUGUUUUUGCUUUAAUUUUAUAGGAACAGCUCAAGAUAGACAGGAAACAAGCAAGGUAGAGAGUGGGGCAUGAGAUGCAGCAGAGGGUUGUGGUUAGUGUGGAUUCUGUGGCUUUGGCAACAAGGACUAAAGUCUUAGCACAGGUGGUGUGCACUAAACUGCAAAGCCAACUGGCCCCCCUUAAACUUAUUGAUUGAUGUGUUUAAAAUGUCCAAGUUUCAUUGAUUCUGCAUUUCAUGCUUUUACCUCAUUGGAUUUCCAGUGGAGUUGUAAACUCCAGACUUCAAUUCAAAUUAAGUUUUCAGAGUUGUGUCUGAUCUCAGCUGCUUGCUUUUACCAUCAGUUCCAAAUAACAUCGUGAGCUACAGACUCUGUUUGCAAUCUGAAGUGGUCAGUGAAGUUUAAAUCUCAGAUGUUGGAUUUAAACGAAAUUGAUGUGUAAUCUAUCUGUGCCCAUUUGGAUAUGUAGUAUGUAAGAGGAUGGUUGCAUGCUGUAUUUUCUUUAACAGAGGUCAAGAACAAAGCUUCAACCCACAACCCCAAAACAUUCAUUAUAGAGUUAAAGUUGAUUAAAGAAAAAGCAAAUGAUCCUUUAACUGUAAAUAAAAGCAGUACCCCUGAAAAAGAUACAGUUCAAGAUAUUAUCAGUAUGUUUCUCUGACAAGAGUCAGAAGAAUGGAUGUCUUUUUUAAUCAUCACUAUUGUUAAAUCAUUUAUUUUAUCGUACAAUUGAGGGAUUUUUACACUGAAAGGGGGUUUGAAUCUUUAAAUUUUCCCUUUAGAUACAUUUUAUAAUUAUAUUUUAUAUUUCCGAUUUAGAUACACAAGUCUGAGAGCAUUUUGUAACAGCAGUUUUAGAGACAGUGAGAUAAAGAUGCAAAGCCUUGGCAUAUUUUCUUAAAUUUAAACUUCAUCAAACUUACUAGUCUCUCUUCAUUCUAUUUAAUUUAAAAAAUAAGGCUUCAAACUUGAUAAAGAUUAAAGUUUUACUAAAAUCUAUGCUAGAUUUUUCUUCUAAAACAGGCCUAAAAACACCACUCCGUAACAAUGUCUAUCACACUUAUGUAGAUAUAGACCUGUGAGCUAAUGCAGGUGAUAUUCUCUGGACCUGUUUCAAACAUCUCCUUUCUGUAUUCUCCCAGAUUAGUCCAGUCAUUACUGGAUGCCAUUUAUAGUGAGUGUUCAAAACAGGCAGUAUGUUCUGUUUGUGUUGUAUAAUGUGCCCUUGAGUAAAAGUAUAAAAUCCUGAUGCUGACUUGAUUUGUAGUUAUACAGGGAAUGAAAUUCUCGACCUAUAAAAAAAGACAGCUCCUUUUUAUAGAGUUUAAUUCGUUCUUUUUUUACAGGAAAUCUGGUAAAAAUGGACUUUCUUGACUCAGCUGGGGUCUUUUUUCAUCCUGCUCGGCAAAGUCAAAUACGACGAGGUUAUUUGAAUUUAAUUAACAAGAUCGCGCUAAGAGAGCCAGAUGGUGGACAGACAGAAGCUUAAACAGACUGGGUCUCUCUUCUCACUCAUUCAUUCAGUGCUCAUAUCUGAGCUGACAGUGGUGUCUGGCUGUGGGGGAGGGGGAGCUGAUGGGAGAGUCUGGAGGAGUGGAGGAGACAGGCAGCUGAGGGCGAGUCUAGACCUGAGUGGUAACUAAACCUGGAAAAUUGUGGGGUAAAGAGAAAAGGAGGAUGUGAGGCAAAUGUGACUUUGUAAGACUUGAAAACUUUGCUCUUCGGAGUUGUUUUGUUGUGCUUCAAGGAUUGUCAGUGUUGCUGCAGUUUGAACACAAGUUGAUAAGAUAAGCUUCAAUCUGUUGUAGAAAACUCCAAGUAUGUACAAGAUUUUAAGCAAACUGUCUUUCUUAAGCUGAUUUAUAAACCAUACCAGGCUAAAAAAAAUUUAAUUUGCAGCUAACAAAGAGAAUUUUUGCUGAUAAAAGCGUUGGAUGCUGGUGGUUCAAGAUUUCAGGGAAGCGGGUGGGUAUAAUUUCCAGCCUUUGGCAGACUCUCAGCUCCUACUCAGUGCUUAGUCAUGGAUCUCUCGGCAUACACAUGUAAUAACUCAGCUCGCUGAUUCUGCCCACGCUGCUGAUCUGAUGUUUUACUCCCCCAUGUUCUGCAUUAGCCCCGUAGCAUCUCAUUUGCUAAAAGCACCUCACAAUAAAAGGAAGACUUGCUUUCAUUUCAAGCCCCAAUUUUACAGCCUCAGUGCCAACCACCAGCCUGCAUUGUACCUCCUCAGCGUGUUCUUGUUCGAGUUGUUUUAUAAGACCUCGUAAUCACUGGGGAAUAAUUUCAUUAAGCAACUCAACAAUUAGUAAAUCAAGUCCUGCUUUUAUCUACCUCCUUUCAGUUUUGUUUAGGCAGCAUCGCCAACUGCCUCUACUCACACAAGAGCUAUCAGCUCUUUUUAUCAUACAAGACAGAGAAAAAGAGGAAUUUGUUUCUGGACAAGCAAACAAAGCAAAAGAAAGAUAUUAAAUUUGUUGUGAGAAAUUUCAGAUGCCAUUUUGUCAUAUUUUCAAACCAUGUUAGGAUGAUAUAUUGACGAAAAGUAGGUUAACAUGACCUGCUGUCUGAAACUGUGAAACUGAUUGUUUUGGACAUGCAGAAAUGCUGAAUUGCAAAAAGUAGGACUGAAUAUUUUAAGUCACUAUAAUGAGUUUUCAACAGGUUAAGAAACAUGCUGAAACUAAAACUCAUGCAUCUGUAGAAUUUUCAAAUGUAACUACGACCAUCAGUAACAGGACUGAUCAUUUUUCUGGAUUCAUUUUUAUUGCCAGCCUUUUGGAGAUUUUUCAAAGUGUGAAAUGUUACACUCUAUCACUUUGUCCACAGGGGGCGCCAGAACCAAAACAAACCAAAAGUUCCCAACAGCAACUUAAUUGGUUGUUUUGUCUUUGAAAUCUGCGAUUUGUGUGUAACUCUGAAUGUCAAAACUUUGUUUCUUUACAUUUGUCUCAUUCUUAGCUCAUACUCUUAAAUGUCAGUUGAGUGAUUGUACAAAUUGAUCUCCAUUUUCUAGAUCAAAUACUGCCAAACUGUGCUUCGCUAUGAGAUGCCAUCUGCCAUUUGUGCCUACGUAGUGCAUCAUAGGCGAUGGUGGUUAAUUAAUUUUAUAGUGGGUGGGUGUCAUACAACAUAGGCUCUGCACAUCACUGGCAUUUUGGGCCAAUGAUAAUGAAAUACAUAUUAAAUGGACUUGUAAUUCUGGUGCCGACAAGCAAAGGUGAUUGUGAAAUUAGACGCGAAACACAACUCCAUGUGUUUGAUCAUGUCAAAUCUGAUUGUCUCUUUCAGCAUGGGGGCCCAAGGGGAGAAAAGUGAAAAGUGUGGGACCAUCUGCUUGAAGUUUCUCCUCUUAGCGUUCAACACUCUCUUCUGGGUAAGUUUAAGUCAAACCUGCACAAAGGAUUUAAUUGCAGGAGUGUUUGUGUUGGUCUUAAGCACUUCUCAAUAACCUGCAUGCUUCAGGCAGAAUUUUCCUUAAAAUCCAAGUGUGUCUUAAAACUAAUGAUUUGGAGAAGUAACUUUCUUCACACUCGCUUCCAUUUGAUAGAACAUCAUUUCUAUUUGUCAUAUUUUACUCAGAUGUUUGGAGAAUUUUUUUUUCUCAAAUCAAUGACUGUCAAGUUUAUUAUAUUUGGGAGAGUAAAGUGAAAAAGAACUGCAAAUUAUUCCCCAGUUCUACAUGGUUGGCUAUAACACAGUUUGAUCCAGACUUGGUUUAUCCCUAACUCUUCUUCACAGUUGCUGUUGUUUUGAACUGACACUUAGUGAAAGUGUUUUGAUUGCAAAUGCUUUGAGUUUUAUUCCCAAAUGAAGUUGUAAUCAUAAUUUGGCAAGAUAUUUGACAAAAAUGUUCUUUCAUUUGACUUCAUUACAGUACAUUUGUAAUGACACUUUCUCUCAACUGCACUGUUAGUCAUAUUUGAUCAGAACAGGCAGCUUAGAUAUUGAACCAAACUAAUAACAUCAACUCUUUUAGAGUCAGAUGGAAUUUCACUUACCACUGUAUUUCAUAAAUCAAAAUAGAAUGAAAAGUAUACUUUUAUUCAAAAACAAGUACUAUACGUUUUCUGAGAAAUACGUUUUUCCACAGCAUGAAAGUCCUUAUAGUUAUUUAAGUAUUACCUCAGUUUAAACACAGUAUUUAGAAAACUCAAUUAAACAGACUUUGAUAUAAUAAAUGAAGUUCUGGGCACCAUCACAGAGGCCAGUCAUGUAUCAAACAGUAGACCAGCUCAAUAUAAGGGUAAAUGAUUAAACUGAAAACUAUUCAGGAAACACCCAACCCUCUCUUGACACCCAAAAGGACAGGAAUACUCGUGUGCUUUUGUGGACAGGAAUAUUAUGUGUUAAUCCGCCUGAUUGGAAAAACUAACUGAUAAAACUUCUUCUGAACUCUUCAACAAAGCCUCUUCAUUCUGCUAAAGUGAAAUGCCACACAGACUCAUAGCAAAGCUGCAUACUUUUCACAGAGGAUACAGAAGAUGCAUUCACAGCUUUUUCUACAAAAAAAAACUUCCUGUGUCAAGAAUGUGGCGUUCCAGGAUGAUAGCACAACAAAAAAAAACUGCUCUCAUAAUUUCACUCUGUGGUGCAAAAUAAGAGUUGAAAUUUCACAGCAGUGGCCUCGCUUUCUGCAGAGGAAGGGUGUGUUUCAGACUCAUUCUCAGUGUGAAAUCACUCUUAAAGCUCUGCCCAUAUGUGAUCAUCAACAGUGUGCCAAAGAAUCAGAUCUCUCUGAUUGACAAACAGCUCAGAGCGAUUUCAGCACCAGACGCCAGAGUCACAGACAUAUGGGUAUUUUAAGACCAAAUGAGUACGAAUAAAAUAGUCUACAAAUAUACUGAAGCUGUGUGAAAGGCUUCCAUGAAAGUUUUUCAAGGUUGACUUUUGGACUAGAAAAACAAACACAGCGUGGCAUCAUUAAAUGUUGCUGACUGGCAGCUGUCUAGUUACCCAACAUAUGGUCGCAGCCCUGUCUCAUACUAUGGAUGUCAUUUCUGUAUGAUGCAAGAACAAGCAGUAUUCUAGUGAGGAGCAGGUGCUUUCGAAGGAUGAGAUGAAUUUUCGCUGAUGUAAUAAGCUGCAACAGGAACCUAUUUUUCUGAAUAAACCUGGGGUUCUUUAUUGAGUAAUACUAUCAACAGAAUAAGCUUUAUUGUGGCUGUGCCUUUGAACACAUACUAGAAAUGCAGUGUACUAAACCAAUUUUAAUAUUGAGCCACUUACCCUGAAGUAUAAAUUGGUGUAUUUAUCUAUAUGUAUAUACAAAAUUCACCCAGUGAUUACCAUACCAGAAAAAGUUUGAGCCAUGACAGGUUUCUCUUCUUUAGCAGUAUAAGUUUUAAAAUUAUUACAACAGUCCAAGGAAAAUCUGAUUUGGAAUAGACCAAGUGUUUAAAUAAUCUGACAUGCUGUGAACCAUUUUUGUUGCAGGAAACCUGUCUUGAAAAAGUAAAUACACUUGGAUUGGCCACAGACCUCAAAUACUAACAAACUCUGAGUGAACAGAGCAAGGUUUGGCCAUUUGAACAAAGCAUGCUGCAGCAGAAUGAAGGAUGUAACUGUGGCACAAGUGACAGACUUAACUAACACCAAAGGCAACAAAAUUAGAAAUAUAUGUGCGAUUACACUAAUGUGCUGGGAGUAUAAUUAGUGUCAUCCAGCAAACAGAAAACCUGCACAUAUAUGCUGGUCUUAUCAAAGAACCAGUGCUCUCAUAUAAACCUGUUAUUAACUUCCACUGGUUCUAGUUUGUCCCUCUUGCUGCCACUGGAGGUCACCAAAGUGUGUAUUUCCCUUGUGCAACUUCCAGUCACACUUGGAAAAUAUUCAUUAAUUCCUGUGCCUCAUUGAGUUUCAGCAGCAGAUAAAGCUGCAGCUCAGUCUCACAUUGAGCGAUUAUUCCAAAGGCUGAGCCCUGUUCUGUCACUUAAUACUGUGGUUGUCUGGACUGAGGCUUUUCUGUGGUUAAUAAGAACAUUUUUGGACAUUUGAUGAAUGCUUUAUGAGCAACAAAACAAAAAGCAGCUUGAAAAAACCCUCAUUGGUGUGUUCACUUUUAUGAUGUGGUGGGUAAAGUGAUUGAUCGUGCCCCUUAAAUCAGUCUUGAAAUGUUAAUUUGAUACCAGGGACUUCUGUGGAAACCAAUCUUUUAUUCUGCUGUUAAAUCUAAAAUGCGGCUUGUGACAGAAGGUUGGGGCUUUAAGUGCUCAUGAGCCAAAAUACUGAGAAUCACUGAGCUUUCUAAAGAGAUCUGCGGGCUUCCAACAUCAAUAUUCAUGUGUGCAGAGCUGUAUUUUCAGUUUGCCGAACUUCUCCAUGAACUAAAAGAGAGAAGAUUAGAAGCACACAAACAUGAACAGUAUUGCUGCUUAACUAGCUGUAGCUACCCUUGAGUGCUUAAACACUCUUUAAAUGAGAAGUACUGAGCAGAGAUGGUCGACUCAAGUCUUUUGCUCAGCCUUGUUUCUUCUGUGUAUACUUUCCCGUCUCUGUCUGUGGGUGUGGUUCAGUCUAACUCAGUGUCGAGCUCCUGCAGCCAUCAUCUCCUCUCUUAGAAAUUAGAUCUAAAUUAGGACCGCUGUGAGAUUGAUGGCUUUUGGAUGAUGACAGAUUCAUGUUGCAUCCCUGCACCAUCUGCUACUUGCCAUUGUGAUCUUAUUCAUUCUUAUUUCCCACAUACUCUGUGAGCUUAGAUGUGGCACAAAAUGUUGGACUUGGACAGUUUAAUGGGGAAUCGAAGCAUUGACUUUUAUGUUGGUUUGUUAUUACUAUAAGUCACUUCAGAUGACUUCAUGGUUCUCUUAGUGCCUUAGUACUCCUCAGACUUGAAAGCAAUAAAGCUGAAUAACUUAAAUUAUGUUAACGGUGUACACUGUAGAUAAAGGUGAAUGAUCGUACCUGCUUACAGCAGUCGGGUUGAGCUGGUACGAUCUCUCGGGGAGCUUCCUGGCCCUUAAAGUAAACUUGUACUGCCUUAGCUCAGUACAAACACUGAAGAGGAUGGUAAGGCACUAUGGGGAGGCUUUAGCUGAAAUAGCCUCACCCUUACACUGAAGCCACCAACAAUGCUGAGUCACUGUUAGGCAUUUUCAUGUGUAAGUGUCUAUGUCAUGCUUGGUAAAGGAGCAAAGCCGCGACAUAUUCUGACACAUCAUGACAUUUGCAUUUGACUGGUAAGUCAGGACACCUUUGUAAGUUAACUGAUACAAACAAAUAAGACUUUACAAAGUUUUACUGCCAAUAGAUUGGGCGAAUUAAUGGUGUUUUCAAAUGAUGGGUAUCAGCCGAUACUGGGCUGAUUAAAAAAAGAGUAUAUACUGUAUCUUGUCUUCAGAUGCUGCAAGCAGCUUCAUCACUGUAGUUGCAGUCAAGCUCCAUCCUCAUCCCGUUACACGACUACACAUUAAAUGACAGCAGAUCAAAUCUAUCAGCUCCUGACAACUGUAUUCUGUCAUGAUUAAUAAAAUAAUGUAGUUUAAUAUUGCCUCUGGGAUAAAUAUGUAAUGUUUCAACAUCUAUAGCAUUGCCAAAUGUAUUUUUUUUAAAUUUCUUGGAUAGAUCCAUAUUGACACAUUUCUGGCUAAGAUAACCGUGGACAUUAGAUGCUUAGGUACAUGAAAGAAUGGCUUUUAUUAUUAUUAUUACUGGGGGUGUUCUGACACGAUACUGAUAUCAGUGCGAUAUCAGCAAAAAAUGAAUAUCAGAUUAUAUCUGCCUGCAACUAAAAUCUCUGAUAUCAGCACUCCGAUACAAGCAGUCCAUUCCAGACUCUGCUCCGGCCUUUCUGUCUUGCAGCACCCUGAUCCAGCAAGCUGAGCCCACAAAAUCACAACAACAGUGUGUACUAAGGUACAAACAAAGUAGCAAGGAGGAAGAGUGAUGUCGGCCUUGUGGCAGAGUUUUUUGUUUAAGUCCGAAAAAGACAUUGCAACAUUGUAUGAAAAUCUUGUCAUGCACAAAAUGGUGCCAGUAUUGGAUUAAUAUCGGUAUCGGUCAAUAUUAAAGGCUACAAUAUUGGUGUUGUAUCUUAAAGUUUGUAUCAAAAAGUUGUAUCAGGACACCCCUAAUUAUUACAAUGGUACAUUUUUUCAAAAUGCAAAAAAAGCACAACAAUAAUGUGACAUCAGCAUUAGAUAUUGUCGGGUGGCUGACCUGCUCUGUAAAAAUCGGCAUCAAGAUCGGCUGUUUACAUUUAAUAUUGGACCAGCACUUUGUAUCUUGCACAAAGUUGUCUUCAGCAAAGAAAAAGUAACAUUAGAAAAAAAAAAUCUGUAUUUUUGUUCAUUUCCUUUAACAACAAAAGCACACAGAACAACAUCUGUACCACAGUGGGUGUUGGUCCCUCAUUGGCCCCUGGUAAGGAGCCAAUCCCACUUGAACACACAUUGAGCUGGUCUCCUAACAUUAACAGGGCUGAAACCGACUCAACAGUCACAUUCUUGGAGUAUGAAACCUCUGCAAUCGUGGUGUCAAAUUGAGUUAAGUUCUAAAAAUGCUGCAAACUCAGCACAUGUUUGCACGCAGGAUUAUGUCAUCCAGGGCUUUGUGAGUAAACACAAACCAGAGCCUGGGACUUCUUAGUGUUGGAGAUUCUCCCUCAACUUUGUCAUGCAUUACCAAAGGUUUAGUAAACAGCAUCAAUGUCAACAGCAGUAAGUCUUAGCCCUGACUGACAGUCUGGAUCCAGGGAUUUAAGAUGAUCAAAAUAGUUGCUGACUGAAGUUCUGCUUUUAAAAAAAAUCACCUGACUGAACUGAUGAGUCCAGCCCUAGCUAAGAUUACACUUUUUUAUCACACAGGUCUAAAUGGCAUUGACAUCCUUGGAUUUCUGACCCGCCCAGCUCAGUCAGCUCAUUCACAAUUAUCCUGGAGCAUAAUCUGAUUCAAGAUUAGAUUAUCCUCUCUGACAGUGGGGGGGUCUUUUUUAAUCAGUUCACUCUCUUCCAUUGUUGGGCAUUAAUCUCAGGGGCCUCUUUCAUCACUUUGAAGGAGACUCAGGGGAUGAAUAAUUUAAACCUCUCCAGCACACUCAGUUUUGUCUCCCCAGUGUUGCACAUAUGUGUACGGGUGUGUGUUUGCAGGACCAGAGUCGGUCACUUGCAGCGAUCUGAUUUCCUUUCAUGUUCCCUUUCCCUCCUCAGGUGGCAGGGAGUGCUGUGAUGGCAGUGGGUGUUUGGACCUUGGUGGAGAAGAGCGACUACAUCAGCCUUCUUUCCUCUUCGACCUACGCUGCCUCCGCCUACAUACUGGUUGUGGCUGGAGGCGUUGUCAUAUUAACAGGCGUGUUGGGCUGCUUUGCCACCUUCAAGGAGAGGAGGAUACUUCUGAAAGUGGUAAGAGAGAGCUCAGAGGCUGCACACAACACAGCAGUGAUAACACUUGGGUGUGUUAGACAGAAAUCAUUCGUGCUGCGGAGCACGAAAACAAGCCAAAGUAACUUUUUACAUAUCUUAAAAAUAAUCUGUUCACUUUUUUUCUUUUAUCUACACUCUUUAUUUUCAUAAACAGUCAAAUAUGUUCACAUCCCCUCCUGAAGAUACUUUUAAAAGCAUUGCAAGUAAUUAUAAGGAUAGAUUACAAACGUACACCUACUUCAGCCAUACUACUAAUACAAAAAAUAGGGGGCAGCUUUUAUUCUUUGGAUUUGUCAAACAAAGUUGUGAAAAAUUAAACCCUUGCAAUAAAUUGGAAAGGCUGAUUUACCCAGGCUGCCAAGUCAGCUAACAAAAUUGACCUCAAAGUUUGAGCAGCCCAUGUGCAGUUUUUUUGUUUUGCAUUGAUCUUGUUGCCCCCUGUUUACACAGCACUGCAUUUGUUUUUAUUUCCUUAUCUUGUCCUGUGAACUAAGUUGUGUUUUCUGACAAAUUAUCUCCUACAAUCUCCUAUUGAAUUUCCCUUCAGGGAUAAAACAAAGUUAUUCUUACAAAUCAUCAACAAGAGAAAUGAAAAUAGGCUUUUUUGGCUGUGCACCGUCAUUUACUUCACCUGAGAUUGACCCCACUGCUGUGGUUAGACGUAUUAAAAUAACAAAAUAUCUUUCAAAUCAAAAAGGUGUAGAAGUCUUGUACCAAACAUAAUGAGAUUGCUGAAAGGGUCUGAUGAAUGCUGAUCAAAAUAACAAAUGAGGAUGACAAAAGAAGGACCCUGAACCAGAGUUGGGUCAAAAACACAAUUCUUUCAAGGCCAAAUAAAAACUAAAACUAAAACAAAAUCUGACUGACUGUCUAUUCAGACCAAACAACAUGUGAACAGCAGCCUUAAGUUUAGUGUGAAUUGCAGACGCUGUUGUCCUCUUGGAGAAGUUGAGGUUAAUCGGGGAUGCUGUAUACAACUUCCCAAGGCAGUAGUUUUAAUAAAGAGCAUUUCAGUGUCACACUCCCAAACUCAGAGUCCACCGUGGCCAAGGUGUUGCCCUCAAUUGCAUUCAACUCAGACAAAACAAAUCUUCAUUCAGUGGGAGCUUGUGAGCCCUGAUUUAUUUUGGCACACACUGUACCUGGCUCUGAGUAAUGCCAACAAAUACCUGCGUGGCUCUCAAAUCCGCUUGCAAUACAAACACACAGCAACACUUUGCUAUUCCCACACUGUUCUGACCCUCAUCUUCAGCACAUUACAACAGGAGAGAUUUAUGCACACACACUAUUUUGGGUGUCAGAUGUUUGUGUUGUAAAAACUUUGGCACUUUGAACAGGCACCAAUCUUUGGCAUUAUCUGCUUUUUAAACCGAGAAGAGUCCAGGAGAUUUUGGCACAAGUCAAUAUUGUCAGCAGAUGCCAAAUUAUAACACUUGUUCCCUAACAAGUGUAUUUAUAUACAGCCCUCCUCUCUGCAGAGAGAGAUCCAAACAGAAUGCUCACUGUUUUUUAUCGCCUGUAAUAUUAAAAAAGCAGAUUGUGUUGUUCUAAAUUGUCUUUCUGAAAACAUAAAGAGGCUAUUUAACCGACUUUUAAGCUAUUUGAGUCCAAGAGGUUCAGUACAAGAAGCUUAAGAGAAAAUCUACAUUUUGGAUUUUAAAAACCACCCCAAACCACAAAUUUAAUCGACAAGAUAGAUUUAAAAGCCAACUUUUGGUUGAGGCUUUGUCAAGGGUUGUCAGCCUGUUCCCUAGGAUCUUCUCUGUGCUUUUUAACACGUCCACUCACAUCUUCAUGGAGAAUUUGGGGGUUAGGUAUUGUGAAUCUUUAAAUUCGUGUUUGUCCUGCUGUAUCUCCUAAGCCACAGCUGUCUCCAGGUAGAUAGGAAACACUCAGCCAUGGUUGUAUACUGUGGAUUCUCAGUACUGCCAGAGUUUCUGCAAGCACAAAAACACAACUUUAAAGUCUAUAGAACUGCACACAUUAUAUGAAGUCCCUUUUAUGUCCAGAUUAUUUGAUUUAUAGCUCAGGCUCUUGUGGACCACAGAGAUGUGUACACCGCCUCUUCUUCUGUGUGCCGUACAGGUUAGAAACGCUCUGCACAUCCUGAAGAGUGGAGAUUAGGGCGAUGAAUCACGGUGAAGAAAUGAACUUGUCGGCAAGGAGAGAUGCUAUCGAGAUUGCUUAAGAGGGCAAACAUAAGGGCCAGGUGGCAGGAUUGUGUGUGUGUGAGCGGGGGAGUAAUUGUUUUCCCUGUAUGUGCUGAGCGCCUGGUACCUGCUCAGAGUACAUGAGGGCAGCUGCGAUUGUCUGCGCUGUCCUGUAAGCAAAAAGGUCAAAAGUUUUUACCACAAAACGGCUGAUCCAGCCACAGAAACACACAGAUAAUCUGCAGCUGUUGGUCCUAGACGACCAAGCAGCAGUUGAUUAAAGAGAAAGCCGAAUCAGUCUCUCUGUAAGGCUUUUAAUGAUGUUUUUACUGCACCAAGAAUGAGAGGGGUCAAUGGGACACAAAGAGAGGAGGAUAACUCUCCCAUGAGAAGAGGGUGUGUCUGAGUGCAAACACGCACACUUAUUGUUUUGUUGGAGAGAGGUGACAGGACAGUGUAAUGACUAACAGAGGAGGGGGAAGCACUUUUCCCUCAUAAAAAGCUGUGCAAGGAUAGGCUGGAUCCACCUGUGGAGAUACUGACCUCAUGCAAGGAAUGAGUGUGGAUAAAUAUUACUCACUCCCUCUGUUUAACCUUUUUUUUUUCUUCUUUCUGUCUUUUAUUACAAGCAUAUUAUUUCCACCAAUCCCCAGGUCAGUCAUGAUCCUGUGUCUUUACUGUCUUUCUCUUACCUGUUUGCUGCUCUGUCUUCUCUCCUUUCCUCUGAAUAAAAGCAUAAAAUUUAAAAAAGCCAAUAAAAUUAUUGGCAUAAAGGGACAGGACCAAAUUUUUAGAGUUUUGCAUUUUCAGACUACUGAACAAUUGAAACAAAUAUGUAUUUUAACUAUUUUCCUAUUGAGUUUUGAAAUAGCACCCAAACACGAGAUCCACUUGCAUCAAAAAAGGAUUGACAGGUUUCGCUUUUAUCAGAACAGUCAGACUGGAUGUUCGUAAACUUGUCCACCUUUUGAAGCUGUCGUUAAUGUCUCGAUCUUCAUUUUAUCUAAAUUAUUAUGGUCACAUUCCCUAAAAUGAAAUAUUGAAAGUAGGGUUUAAAAGCGUGACAAGAAUUGCAGUAAAUAACUUUUCAGUCAUCCUAUUGCAUUGUAACUUAUAGAUGUGGAACAUUCUUGUGUUUUAAUAAAGGGAGUCAAUGUCAGAAAUAAAACUAUGUGUCAAUGCACUUAACUGUUUUCUUUAUUAUUGUUUAAGUUCUAGUUUCAAAUCCUCAACCAGAGCAAAUAUCUCUAUUUACUCCCCUUCUCUUCCACUUGAUUUGACUUUCUUUACAAUUCUGUUUCUGUCUGAGAGAUUGUAAACCUGAGCUGGCAGAGCUGCAAGAGGGAGCAAAUGUAAGAAGCCUCUGCUCUGAGGUUCAUUUUUGUCUUGCUGCUCUGCUCACAGCACGCCUGACCUGCAACCUGAUUGAGUCCUUCAUGACUUAGUUAUAAUGAUCAUCACUCAUGAAGGGCAAGCAUUUAUUCAGCUGCACAGCAAAGCCUCUAAAGAGAGUCUUUUACGGCUUCAACAAGGCCAGAGGAGCUAGACCAAAAGAGUCCAGAGUAUUGUGCUACGAAGGGACAAAAAACAAUUUUAAAUUCACUUCAAUUGACACUUAAAUACAACAGUAUAUCCAGGCUGGGGAUAUUUUUUAACUUAUGUGCAUGACAAACAUUUGUAUUUUCUCAGAGGGGUGGUCUUGAUAAGCUUGAUAAGCCACAAAUAGGUGGUCAUGCUCGGCUUGUAAUCGGUGCACACCUUCUGCUUUUGUUUGUGUUUGUUGGAUGCACGGUGCAUCUUGAGGAGCUGAGAUCACAACCAUGAAUCACAGAGAAGGAAUGAACUUGUCAGGAGAGAGGAGGGACAGAGAGGAUUGCCAAAGAUGGAGAUCUUAUUGGAGCACUGUGUGUGUAUCGAUGUGAGUGUGUGAUUUGGCGUCUGUGUGUGCCGGCCUGGGAAAAGGCUAAAUUGACUUGAUGUUGUGCAUCCACAAAAGACAGUUUAUGGAGUGGCAUCUUGUCCAUAUUGUGCUAAAAAAUAAAGCAUUUUGAACUUGGUAAAAAUCUCCAAACACUUGGUCCACAAUCAGAACUUUUAAUUUUUGAAAUUCAGAUUGUUCAGAAAAUGAACCCUGACUACCUUUGCUAACUUCUGUCCUAAGAUCAAUCUUUCUGAUUGGGUUAUUUAUUUAGUUUUGGCUGAUAUUGGUCAAGUGAUUGAUGUGCUGAGCGUUUAACUUUGAUGUGUAGGUUUUUAGACCACAUGCAAAGUAUAAGAGCCCACAAUAGAUACUUAUGUCCUCAUUUUUACUACCACUAGAAUGCCAAAUAUAAAUCGUACUAAAGAGCAGAUUGAAGUAGAAUUUACUUCAAAACCUGGGCAGCCUGUCAAGUCAUAUUUGUCGACCAUUUUAUCAUUUUUCUGUUUUAAAUGGAAAUCAGAUUUUUAUCCAUUGUUGUCCUGUGGGGAACAGAGAGAUAAAAAGAGAGAUGUAAAAUGCAACACUAGGACAAACAUCAUCUCAAGAUCAUACUCAUGAUGUUGGGUUUGCAAACUGAUUUUUUCAAAAGUUUUCAUAAGGACCGAAGUCACCCAGUUUAUGUGCAAGCCUCUGAGAAGAAACACAUCAUGAAACUGUCAGUUGGGAUUAUUUUAUGUCCCCUUGAGGUGAUAAAAGUCCAUCUUCAAAACUUUUUAACGCUUCAGAGCCUCUGCCAUCGCUAUAUCUCAGCCUUUUUCCAGCCUCAGACACAAGAAGCUUAAGAGCAGAGAACAAAAAUCGCCCUCUGCUGUAUUAAAAGGUUAUCACAAGUCAUUUUUCAUCUCAUCAGUGCGAUUCAUCCCAUCUUUUUAUUGAUUUUCAACUACAUUAGAGGUAAACUUUCAUCCCUGCCGAGCAUCGAAUGUCAAUAAUGAUGCAACUGACAGAAAUUCUUGAUUUUUGGUUGAAUUCGAUGCUGCUGGAGUUCGUUAAAUGUUCCAUUGAUUGGUUAAGUGUGAGGCCUGAGAGUCGACAUUGUUGCUUAAAGGUCACAGGACAUCUCCUUUUAAAAACAGACACGUGUCUGAUCCUUAUCAGUCUGAUUAAAGUCACCUUCAGCGUGACUCUGAACUCCUGCGCACUCAGUAAUUGUAAAGGCGUCUGUACUCUUCCAAUGAAGUCAGAAAAAAAGACGCACAGUCAGACACAGAGCUGCAUACAAAUGUUUGCAUCCUCACUGCGGUUAUGUGUUGCUCCUGUACGGCCACUGGAUGUUGCUGGAAGCGCAUGAAAGAGGAGAGAAGUUUGUGAAACUCUGGAGGACUACAGCUACUGCUAACGUGGGGGUACCAAAGGUCAGGGAAACUGUUCAAAUAUUUUCUAACAACCUCAGCAAGAUGAGUCCGAGUGUACCCAGAGAUGUCAGAUAUUUUGUAGUAGAGCCAGGAAGCCUACGCACGGCAACACUGUUGAGUCUGAAGCCAAUCCAGGGCUUUUGAAAAGGCGUUAAACAUACGAACCCGCUGAGAGUCAUAUUUGCAGUAAUUACACUGUGCCCUCAAAUGGCCUAGGGAAAGGCUGGCAGCAUAAAAUGAGGCAGUCUGACAGAGAGAGAGAGAGAGUGUGCAUGAGAUCAUCAGGAGUCCUCUGGAGUCGCUGCAGUCUGUAACUCAGCCUCUCUGGUCUCUGCGGCCGACGCCAGGUUCUCUGUCACACCCUGUACACAUCAUUGUCCGUGUGGAAUCAGUCUGGGACACAUGCCUUCUAGGUUUGUUAAAGAGAAAGUGCAGACAGGUCAGAAAAACAUGCACGCUACUGUCUCAGUUUUAGUUUUCUCCAGACAUCUUGCAAGGGGUUUUUGUGUGCAGCAUACUCCAUAUAUUAACCAAGCACAUUUUUAAGACUGCAUUGAAAGGAAUUCUAACAAUACUUAUUUUUAUUCUGUUCUGUCCUCUCCGUUCAGUAUAUUUCUUUUGAGUUUACAUCCCACAAACUACAUUUUUUGUUCUCACUCCAACAGAAACAGCAAUUUCUAGACCAUGCACACAACUUUAUUAACUUUACAAAGAGGAAAAAACGAAGCAUCAUAUAACUUUACAAGCUGGUAGAUUCUGAAAAAAAUAUAAAUAUGAACUGCAUUCCUGUUGAAUCAGUCCAAAACACCUUGUUGGCUCUUAAAUAUUUGAUGUUUAAUCUGAUUCUUUUAUAUUCUGUAUCUGCUUUUGUUGUCUUGCUUCUUGAACGUCAACACAUCAAAAUGCAUCUCAGACUCUGUUCAACAUUCAGGCUCAGGGCCACUCAGAGAUCUAAUCAGCGCAAGCUAUCAAAUCAAAGACCGAGUCCACUUUACCGGCUGAUUUCCUCCCUCUGAUAGCAGCUGGCCAGAGGAAUUUGGGUCAAGGUUUUUUUUUUUUUUUUGUCUGAUAAUAUCUCCUCUUGUCCUUAAUUCUGAAGAAAGUUGGCAUAAAAAGCAGACAGUUCCCCACAGGCCCAGUCACGAAUCAGACAGCGAUGAGAAACCUCUGUUCAAGGCAGAGAGUGUGGGAUCUGUAUUUGUUCAAUUACCUAAUGCUUUGCACCUCGGAAUUCAAUACAGCAGAAGAAAUGAUCAUAUAAACAGGAAUUAUACUUCAUGAACCAUUAGGGAGUUUAUAAAGGAGUUUUACUUCAAAUUACUCAGCUUUGACUUAUGGCCCAGUUUUCUUUGGUCUGACAAGGUCGUAUAUGAACAAUUCUUCACAAAGUCCAGUAAUACGACGGUUUAAUAUACGGAAUCAAACAAUAAUAAUAAUGCUGUAAUAAAUCUGACUCUGUAGUGCUUUUUUGGCUUGACUUGGUGGUUUAUUUGCUAUUGAGUAUAUUAAAUAAAAGUUGGGCAUCGUUAUGAAUAUUAAAAGUUUAUUAUAUAUCUACAAUAGCCGUAUUAUUAUGGAUAUAAGAAUGUAAAUGGUGGUUUGCACUGCUAUUGCUCACUGUUGGAGAUUUUAUGAACCUGCCUUAUAUUGUUUGCCCUGAUAGUUAUUCAAAUUACAAAGUGAAGUAUAAAGUCAUCCUGUCACAUCUAUAAUUUCAAUAGUUAAUUGAAUCAUAAAUAUAAGGCCUUAGAAUGAAGUUGUUGUUUAACUCAAUGAAAAAAAAAGAGAUGCAUAAAUUUCAUGUAAAAAAAAAAAACAACAACCUACCAGUGGGCAGUACUGGUUUGGUCUACGAAGGUUAUGCCUCAAACAGCUUCAUUUCCAGCCCAAUCACUCCUUUUCCUGCUUAUCACUCCCAGCACUCUUCCUGUUUCCGAAUCCUUUGCGAAUACAUGCAUCAAGUCAAAGAGUAACAUAAUCAAGUAUUUGUAAUCCUUAAAAGAAACACAAUCUGAUCAGCGCUUAAAUUUUCCUUUGGUUUGUUUUGUUGGGCUGCAUCUUUCAAGGUUAAAAUAUUAGAUCUCAAAAUUAUCCUAAAAUACUUUUAUUUAUUUUCUUUUUGGGUUUUCAUGGACUCAAUUGUUAGAUGGAGGACUGUGGAUUGGACUAAAAAAGGAGCAGAGUGGGGACAUGCAGGAAAGACACCACAGGGUGACAUUGAACCCACACUGCCUGCAGACAUGGUGCACGCCUAAACCACGAAGCUAUCUGCACCCCUAGCUUGUUAUUCUUUUGUUAUUUAAAGUUUAUCAGUCCUGCAUUGAGUUGGUCUUGAUCAUUCAAAAUCUGAGUUAAAAAGUCCUUCUAGGGCAGUGCUCAGACAUGCUCAAAGUUCCUGAAAAUUUCCCCAAAUGACCUCAGUGAGCUGCAUGUGUGAACAGAAACAGAGAUGUAGGGGUUUGUUUGAAAACUAUAACUUCUUAAAGGUGAAGGGUUAUCUGUUCAUCAUUAAAAACUUUCUCAGUCACUAUUGACCUCUAAAUUGUAGUUAUCGAACCAUCAAAGGGCCUCAAGUUAAUGUAUGCUGAUCAAGCUUCUCUGAUAUUUCAUAGUUGCUGUUCUUUAAAUGCCAGCAUCACAUCAAACAACAGCAUGAAAAGCUUGGCUCGCCGAGAUGAACUCAAGAGAUUCAUCACAUAAAUUUGUUGUUCCCCUUGGCAUCACAGAGCUUUAUAGUGACUUUCAGCCCCUUGUUUAGCUGUUUUGGUGUUUUAAAUCACUCUCACCGCUCUCAUAACAUCAUUUUUGGCAGCUGGCAGCUGCUCUCAGCUCUAAAAACCCUCUGCACAUUGACACAGCAGUAAAUAGACAGACACAGCCUGAGAGGAGCUUCUGAACACAGAGGAACGUUCAGCAGCUGAAGAGUCGGAUAUUUCCCCCAGGAGUUGAUUGAAAGUGAGAGAGCAUAUUGAGAAAUGACUUCAGAAAUACUUUUAGUAUUCAUAUUGACUGGUUUGAGUCUACCUUUACUUAAAUAUGAAUAAACUACAAACUGAAAACCAGGAGAAAGACACUCUCUGGAAAUUUUUCAAGGAACUAGACUUAGAUUUUGAGUCCUCUCGUGUUCAGCUGUUUCCUUUAUUUUAAAGCCACUCAUAGCAAGAGGAAUAUUUAAACCUAUCCUACCGGCAGAGCUUUACGCGUGACUGAAAAUACUCCAACAUCAGAUCCAAGAGCCACAUGUUGCUUCAUCACAUUACUGCCCGCUAACCUUGUUUUCUCCUCCUCUUCCACAGUACUUUGUCCUGCUGGUGUGCAUCUUCCUGUUGGAGAUCCUGGCUGGUGUCCUGGCUUACAUCUACUAUCAGCAGGUAAUCUCCCUCGAGAAUAGAAGUCCUUUUUAAAUAGAAUUUGGGUUGUAUGCCUGAAAUGUCAGAGGAGCAGCUGACAGAUAGAGGGGGUGGAUUAGAUAUUGGACUCAGAUGACUGAAAAGUAAUAUCAAGGAGGAAAUUUAAGAGGGCCCAUUAAAAAUACAAAUAUCAAGCUCGACUUUAUUACUUGGGGUUUAUUUAGCUCAAAUGUAAUGAAAAGUGCCUGCAGGAGAUCACAUCACAUUUCUCAACACUCUGUUUUGAAUCUUAAAGAAGAGUCUGAUAUGAAUUUAGGCUUAAACUCGCAGAUUUCACCUUUUCUCCCAAAACUAACGUAAGACUGAUGAGAGUUAUAUAUGUGCCUCAAAUUCUACAGAAUACAUACAGACUGCAUACAUUUCUGCUUGUCUCAUGCAAUAUCCUUAAUGCUCACCCCAAAAUGAAAGCUGCAUACAGCACAUUUCAGCUGCGACAAUGAAGGCCUGUGAUAACUGCACAGCAAGCAGUCACAGAUGAAAAGGUUUUUUCCGUGUGUUACAUUACCAUGACAUUGCUUUCCACCGACAUCAGUCCCACCCCGGCUCGAGUCUUAAGCCCUGGUGGCUUGUAGCUCAGCAACAGGCUCAGUGCAGAGCUGCACUGCUAUCAUUAUAACUGCCUCAUUCAUAAUACACAACAUGAGCAGCCGCUGAGCUCCACAGCUCUCUGCUGCUUCCUAAACCUGACUCUCCUUUUCUCACCCAGAAGACUCUCCCUUGGUUGAAGCUCUGCAUAAAGAUUCUGCAGAUGCUUUUCUAUUCUGUGUCUUCUGUCUGUCUGUCCCUUGUUAAUUUUCUCUUUGAACUGUUGAUUUUCUUUGUAGUCAAAGAUGCAAAAUGCUAGAUUAUGUCUCCCUAACAAACACAGUUAAACACAUUUAGGAAACUACAGAUUCUCCACAAACAAGGCAAGCAACUCAGCCGCUCAUAAAUCAAUGACUUUUAACUUCGAGAUGAGGCUUUUUCCUGUGUUUUACUUGAAAAGCAUGAAUGGGGUGCUGAGUAGGUGUUGAGAAACUGCUUUGAAAAACUAAUUCUUGGCUGUACUUUCAUGCAGAAGUCUGUCUGCGGACAUUGACUAGAUUAGAUGACCACCCGUGAGUUCUGGGAUUGCAUUAUGUAGAUGUGUUCUGCCCUUUUUUCACUCUUUACCAGAGCUGUUUCUUGCAUACAGCCAAAACCUGCAGAAAUGUUGGCUGGUAUAACUUCUCACUGAAAGUAUGAGAAGAGAUGGAAACGAAAUGAAACUUCUUUCAUGAUCAGGACCAGAUCAUGGUUGGGUCAUUUUUUAAAAACGGGGAAACAUGCAAAGGAGUGCGUAACAAAAAAAUGAGGAUGACCAAGAAUGGGUGUUGACGUCAGCUCUUAAAUGACCAUGUCACUUCUCCUAUAAUAGACAUGAAAUGGCCGUACAGAAGAACAUUGUCAUUGAGAAUGUCCCUGUGUGGUCAUAAGCAUAUGAUUCACUAUAUGGAUAGUUACUUCAUUAUCUAACUUUGGCCCCCAGCCGGACAUAUAUAGUCACCUAAAGCACAUCUCUAAAUGUAGAAUCUAUUUUUGCCUCAUGUUUGAAAUGUAUCCAGAGUUGUGACUGUUGUACGUCCACGCAUAGAGAAUCUAAAUCGAUCGAGGUUAUGAACACAUGUCAAGGAUAUAAAAAGCAUCUUAAAGGUUGAAUAUGAAACAGUUGAAAUUCUCACUUUUGCUCUGACUAUAAACAGAAAACCGGAAACUAUUAAUACCAAUAGAUUCUACAUUUACAUGCAGAAUCUCAAAUAAGGGACUAAAGUCUGAUUAGCUUUUUGGUUUUAAGUGCUGACCAGAGAUGCACAGCGUUAUCAGCAUCAGUUUUUGCAGAUUUAAGUUUAAAAAAGUUAAUUAUUAGUAUCAGCAGAUAUGAAAAUCUAUGCUGAUAUGCUUGUCCAAUAAUGUGACACGACUUUAACACACAGUGACAGGUUCUGUGCGCCCAAAAACUUUGACAUAUCAGCUGUAUGGUGGAAUUUUGUAGAGCCUUAAACAGACAGAAAAAAAGCUUUUUUGCAAUGCCUGAGAAACUCACGUAAUGGGAGGAGAAACCAAUUGUAUCCAAAACAAAGUCAAUAUCAAAUCCUAGAGACCAUACAACUUUCAUAAGCCAAGGAAUCAAAGUAAGUUUGGAGCCGAGAUUUCAAAGAAGAGAAGCAAAACAACACUUCUUCAAAGUGAGCGAUCUAACCACUCGAGAAUCUGCAUCUCAAGAACCAUCAUCUUGAAGCACCAAGCGCUUUUGAAAAGUAAAAAACGAAGAAGAGCCAGUUCCAGCAAAAGCCUGUCAGCCAGCAUCAUACCAGAUGUCUGCAAAAUUCCAUUAUUGUGCAGUCCUUAUACUGACACCUGUUGUUGAAUCUAAAGAUGCUGAAGACUUUCUUUGCCUGAAGAUGGCUCGUCUGCACUUGUGAGCAUCUUGUCAUGCUGCUCCUUUUCUUACAAAUCAUCAGCCCAGUUGGACCUGAGCAUCUCUCAUCUCCUACAGCCAUCACCCGAAUAGAUGCUUGAACCAGUUUUCCUUACUUUUAUGUCUCAGUUUGGUUCGGUUCGGAGCUUUUAUUGUCCCUCGAGAGGAAAUUUGAUUUGAUUUUCAGUGGCAGUGCAAUUGACAUGACAACACCAAUAAAUAAACCCCUCAGAGAAGUUUUUAUCAGGCAAAGAAAUGCGCCUGUUAAUACUGAUAUGUUUUAGGAGCUACACAAGCAAACAGGGCUAUCAGAAAGAAAAUUGGCUAUUUCCACGGAGUGAUUUUUGAUACUACCGAAACAAGGUAAUUUAAUGACACAUUUAAAUGUUAAAAGAGGCAUGGAUGUGGUUAUCUGUUCAAAAAUGCAACUUUUGUAUGUGCACCACUUAUCAGUGAAGAAAUAACAAAUAUUAUUUUGUCCACAAGGGGGCAUCAAAGUCUGCACCAACAAGAAUUUCCUCACAGGAGCUUUAAAUUUAACUCCACGCACAUGCUUCAGUUUUAAUCUGGGUGUUUACUCAUAUUUUCUUCACUGAUAAAGUUUCUUCCAAACUAUCAACAGGUAAAAACGAAGCACUGAGCUCUCCUGUUUCCUCAUUCCUCCCCUUCUCCAUCCUCCCUAUUGUCUUCACCUCCCCGUCUCUCAUCUCUCUGCCCUCUCCUCCACUCUUCAUCAUUCAUUCCCUUGAUAUCUCCUUCUUGCUUUGAUUUACAGUGCUUUCCCAGCUGGCCUGUUGCCAUAGAAACUGAGCCCCCAGACCUCCCGCUCCUACAGCGAGCGUUUUCUGCCUCUGGUCCAAAGAACAAAAAAAAAAAAAGAGAGAAGAGGAAGAAGAAGAAUGGCUUAAAAGAAAGAAACUAAAGCACAGACUUCCUCUGGCUUAACCCUGACUUCUCCUGCUCCUCUGUUGUUUGAACUGUUGUCCGUGACAUGUAUUGUCAAGAGAACGUUUAGACUGUGUGCGUUACAAAUCUCAUUAGCAGGAAAAGUCAGCUGUUGAAACUAAUUUAUCCCUCAGCUGUACUGUUUUCCUUUUCUUCUGCUUUGUCAUUAUCUUGGCUUUAUGCACACAAACCUGUCUCUGUGUGUCUGAACAGUUGAGUGAUGAGCUGAAGCAGCACCUGAGGGACACCAUGACCCAGAAGUAUCAACAGAGCACCCACGAGCACGUCACCGGGGCUGUGGACAAUCUCCAACAAGAGGUGAGUGUGCGCUGGAGGACAACCUGUGGAAAAAUUGAUGUCCACUGUUAAGGGUGUGGUCACAGCCUCGGUCGUUUGGAUAGUAAAAAAAUGGCUGUAUUAAGGUAGUCAUGUUACAACUGAGCAGGAGCAUCCGAGCAAAAUUCACCCGGCCUCGCACGUGACCCGUUGAUUGGACAGUGUUUGGUAUCCUAUCAUCCCAUCAGAUUAGAGAUUUGGCUGAUGAGGGCAAGUCAACACAAAUCCGAUUCAAGUCACUCAGACUUCAGCUAAGCUUGAUGGACUUGUCUGCACCCUCUGCUGUAUUUUAGCCUCUUCUUUGACUCACACCAGUUGACAGCACAUGAAGGAAUGAAUAAAUAUGAGCAGCAGAUGAAACUUAAGUCACUUCAUUUUGUAUGCAUAGAUUUUUUUGUGUGUGUGUGUGUGAGAUGCCCCUGGCUGUCAGAUGUCAACAUUUAUUAUUUGUUUCUGUCUAAACUUUGUUGCUCUUCGUUGAUUUUAAAAAUCCCCCCACUCUCAUGCUAAGAAGUUACAACAUCUGCCUCAACAUCAAAUCAUGAAUCAACAAGAUAUGUCUGAUUUGUCGUAUCCUCACUCUAGACACUCAGUUUAUUGCUUCAUUGUUAUUCUGUUCUAUAACUGCGUAUUUCUGUCAGUAUCUCUUUAUACCGUUUGCAAUUUUAUCCUUUGCCCUCGUCUCUCACUGGAGCUGUUGUAUCAAGUGAAAUCCCCAUAUGGAGGAUUAAUAAAGAGCAUCUCAUUUUAUCUUCAUGUGGUUUGAAAGAAAGUUUGUGUGCAAAAAAAAAAAAAAAAAGUGGAAGUUUACUGCUACAGUUCAAGAAAAAUGGUUUUGGAAACAGGCUAGCUGUGUUCGCCAUGUCCAGUCUUUUGAAGAAUCCAAGCGAACAGUCGCAUCAACUGUUGGUCAACUUCCCCUGCAGACUUUUGACAGUCAAACGUCUGAUUUAAUGUGAAUAAUUUCUGUUGAAUUAUAGGAACAGGGCUGCUCAGCUGAUGCCAACACUCUCAUACAGUUUCAGGGAAUAAAAAUCACAAAAUAAAAAUCUUCAAUUUUGUCGCUGAUGAUCGUUUGCUAUUGCGUGUCUUAAAAAGACAAUAGUAUGUGAACUUUAGUCUGUUUUAUUAACAUCAAAAAACUCCUCUCAGGAGCUUUAAUAACUGAUCCAUCAAUUAUUUGGUAUGAAUGUAGAGUAAUAUCAGCACCAUGUAAAGCUUUAAGGGUUUUUUAUUAACUUUCUAAACUUAUGACUUCAGUAGGUGUGAUCAGACUUGCUCAACAAUGUCAGAUGAGCAGUUUUUGUUUGGGUUUAUUCCUCUUUUCCACAGCAUUAAUAUUCCCCUCUUAAUGUUUUCUUUUCCUCUGUCUCUGGACAGUUCAAGUGUUGUGGCAGCAACAGUUCAUCCGACUGGGCCGAUAGUCUCUGGAUCCGCUCCAGAGGCGCAGACGGCAGAAUCGUGCCUGACAGCUGCUGUAAGACCCCGACUGAUCUCUGCGGCCGCAGGGACCACCCGUCCAAUAUCUACAAGGUGGAGGUGAGAAGAUGAAGGGUGCUGGGGGUACCACUGGGAAUGGCUUAUCUGUAUUUCUGCCAUGUCUCAGUAUGUGAGCAUUGAGACUGUGUGGUGUUAGAGUUUCAGAGAGGAGGUGAACUGUACAUUGAGAUCUCAGUAACGCUCCCACAACGACUGAUACUGCAUAAAAACUGUGUUUUCAUUUAGGGGGGCUGCAUCUCUAAACUGGAGAUAUUCAUCAUGGAGCAUCUGAAGGUCAUCGGGGCAGUGGGUGUUGGGAUUGGCUGUGUACAGGUGAGCAAAGACACCUUCUUUUCAGCAAGUUUGAUUGAAUGUUUCCCCAUGGAGAUCAGUUUUCCGAAAUGAUGUUCUCAUUUUCCCCUUUCUCAUCCCCAGAUCAUAGGAAUGAUUGUUACAUGCUUCCUGCAUCAAAGUCUGAAGCCAGAGCCAUACUAAGAGAAGCAGAAAGAAGAAGACAGUGUGUUGGAAAAGGAGGUAACUUCAUCACGAUAUGCCAAACUCAAAUAGCUCUUAGGUUCUUUUCUUUGCCUUGCUCGCACAGAGGAAGGAAAGUUUGGCAAGGGAUCAAAACGCACAUCAGAGGAUCUCAUUUUGGUAAACAAAGGGUGGAACAACACUACAAGGUUUCUUGAGGUAAUUAGGCAUUAAAAAUGCAGCGUCAGCUCCAUCUUCUCGAUCCCAGCUCUGAGAGAGAAAGCCUUUAGAGAGAAACUGAUGUGAAUCUUAACACAGAUUGUGUAAAUUAGCGUGGGGACAGCCUCCUUGGGACUCCAACAUUGUAGUUUUUUUCCACUCUGACUCCCUCGAUAUAUGUUUAUGUUUGCAGGCGAGGCGCUGCACCUGAAAGUGUUGUAAAGACCAGCAGAGUGAAACUGGCGCUUGGUAGAAAAUGUAAAUUCUCAUCGCAGCAACUCCACAGCAGAGUUUAACAAGCUGGCCCCCAGGGGCCUUCUUCAUCCGUAGCAGCAUUUUGUUUCUUGCUCAUCUGCCAGUCAUUCAUUUUCAAAAUUAUUCGACGGUGGCCUUUUAAACUUUUGAACUGUUACUUUUUGUAUGUUGUAAAUGAUCAUUUUAUGUGAGACUUGAGGGGCUUUCUUCUGAGCAAUGAGGAUUUAUAACUUAAAGUGUCUUUGUAGCAACAUCUUAGUGUUUUUAACUGACUUAUAGACCUGCUGAGAAGGGCACAGUGUUUAAAUGAGUGAAGGUGCGUAAAUCAGUGCCUCGCUCAGAAGCGUAUUUGUGCCUUUUGAUGCAGCAAUUCCAGCGUUGAACCUGUGUUGAACUACUUCUAUGUGACUAGCUGUUGUGAUAGUCUUAAUAAAACCAAUUCCACCUCUAGUUGAUGCUCAUAAGAAAGUGCUUCAUGUUUGCGAUUUUACUUCAUCUUUGGGAUUUAUCCACUGAUGCCAAAGUUGUGGACUGUAACUUUGUGUAAGGACCUACUGUAUCUCCUCCAGCCUUAUUCACUAAUCUACUGAUGCCUGUUUUUUAUAUUGUUUUCAUAAAUGAAGAUUUUGUUUACUUUUCUAUAGACCGUAAAUAUUUUAUUGUAUUUAACUGACACGUAGUAGGAGAUGAUUUUUCACUCACUGUUACAAAAACGAUCCUUUCUUGUGUGCCUCAAAGACAACACUGUAAUUAACCUGCUGUAAUUUCUCUUGUUGAUUAACCAGGAAUCACCUUAGUUCGAAUAAAUGUUGAUCACCAAAACACCUCUGCUUCUGUUGAUGCACAAAAAAC